AUGUUUUCAGGGAGGCCUAGGCUACUACGAUUCGGCUCGCUUGACACAAGGCUGGGGAUGCAAAACUUGCCUCAGGAAGAAGAUGAAGAGCCGAAUUUCAAUUCCAGGACCAGAGAACGGUACCUCGAUCAGAGAUUGGGUAGUAAUGCGCCUCUCGACAUGUCGCACUCUAGAGAGCUUCCCCCCGCGUACCAUCGCACCACAGAAGAGGCGCGCAGAUACAGCUACAAGUAUGAAGUUUUACCACGAGGCUCCAUACGCAUUCUCACGUUAUAUGUCCCUUUGUGCUCCGUUCUGGACAGCGAGGCGUCAGACCUCCACUGCUCAAUCUCGACUCGAAGCUGGUGGGACGAAUCGGCGUCCAGUUUCGACUCGAUCUCCUAUGUCUGGGGCGACGAGGAACCUACAGAAUACCUCUACUGCGGUGAUUCGCAUAUCAAGAUUACUCCAAGGCUGCACGCCAUGCUUGUCCGUCUUCGAGAGGCAUCCACCAUAAACGGGCACGUGGGUCUGUUGUGCCUUUGGGUCGACGCAGUUUGUAUCAACCAAGACGAUCCUGUCGAAAGAGGUCACCAGGUCCGUACCAUGGACAAGAUCUUUCGGCGGGCAAGCCGCGUCCACGUCUUCCUGACGGAUGGAGUCAGCUCACCCGACUAUCAAGCUCAGUACUACGACAGUCAAUGGUUUCACCGUAGAUGGGUAGUUCAAGAGUUGCUUGUCUCGCGUCACAUUUUGGUGUAUCUACCAACGGACCCUUCGGACCUUGAAGCGUAUAAAGGUGCGGUGGAUUGGGAUGCACUAGUUAGACGCGCAAGCUGGUGCUACAGCAACACGUAUAUCGAACUGGAGGCAAAUGCCCUCAUUCGAAAAUUUCAGCAGCUCCGUGAAUCCGGCUCAACGUGGUUCAGCAUGUUGACUCUCCUGAAUCAAUUUCAACGCACUCAAUGCAAAGACGACAAGGACCGCAUCUUUGCUUACAUCGGUAUAGCAAGCGAUGUCUGGCCAGAGGACGAGACCAAGAGCAGCUGGAAGUCUGAAAUAGUUCCUCCAUCUGCUCUGAUCAAAUUUGAUCCAGAUUACACAAUGUCUGUGGAAGAGAUCUUCAUUCGCUUUGCUGUAGCUGUGCUUCGUUCCAGUCGACCAUUCGAAAUUCUACAGUGCGCAGGUGCGUUCAGAUCGUCGCCCUCGGGGCAUAACUGGGCGUCAGAAAUGAAGCGAAAUCAGCAUUCACCUGCUCAAUGCAAGUGCAAGGGCAAAGGGAAGAAGAGUGCUGCGUCGGACGUGAGUGCUGAAAAAUGUAACCACGUAGCCACAGCUGUCCAACACUUGCCCUCCUGGGUGCCUGACUGGCGCUACCAUUGUCUACACAAGCCUUUGCUUCGGUCCAGGGCAUUCAAUGCUGGAGGCUGGCGAAGACAGGCUGAAGAAAGCAUCAUCGUCGAUGGGCCAAGGAUCAGGAUGCGAGGAGCGACGUUUGGAAUUGUUGGCAGACGAAUAAAAUUGAAACGCUUUGACGACCUCAGACCAUUGGUGCAUAUAGACGGCGCGAGUCUGAACGGUUUCCCAAAUCACGACCUCUCGACGGACAGGAUCGGUAUACGGCUGCACAGCGGAACCGUAGGUGCAGCACCUUUCGCUACCCAAGUCGGCGACCUAGUAGUCCUGUUUCCAAAAGCAAGAACACCAUUUAUUCUGCGACCUAGUACCGAGCCUUGCUUCUUUGAACUUGUGGGUGACUGCGUGAUCGAUGGUGUGAUGGAAGGCCAAUUCGCUGGAUGGGCUUUGGAGCACGAGAGAGACUUCAUACUAAUCUGA